AUGGAGCAGGUAGACAAAGUGCGCAGCGCAACGCAAGCGGCUGCUGCACCGCUGGUACAGAAGGCGUCUGAGGGCGUGCGGGCGCUGCUGAAGCUGGUGAGCUCAAGUGAAAGCAACUACUUCAAGGAGGGGGAGAUUCAAGCUUCUCAGAUUCGUCAGCAGCUGUCAAGCCCCAACACGGAGACGAAGCUCGUGGGCCUUCGUCGCGCUAUAGCAGCAGAAGCUGCUGCUGCAUGCACCUAUGCCCCAGGGGAGUUUGGGGCUGAAGGAGGCUCUUCUUUGUUUUUUGCUGAUGUCUUGAAGAACCUCUCCACCACGGACUUCGAGCUAAAACGUCUGGUGUAUCUUUACCUCGUGCAGCAUGCACAUGAGCAGCCGGACUUAGCAUUGCUGUCUGUGAAUUGUUAUCAGAAAGACUUGUACAGCGGAGCCCACGUAGUUCGCGCUGCUGCUUUAAAGUCUUUAUCUUCUCUUUCUUUGUUGGAGAUCGUGCAGCUGCUGCUGCACAGCCUCAAACGUGCUGCAGCAGAUACGUCUCCCCUUGUACGAAAGACAGCAGCGCAUGCAGCAGCAAAAAUAUAUUUCCUAGACACAGAUCAGAAGGAAGAAGUCGUAGAGCUGCUGCUGCAGCUAAUAGGAGACGGGGAGUUGGCGGUCUCAGGCGCUGCUUUAAUAUCUUUUCGUCUUAUCUUCUUUCAGUCGCUGGUGGAGGAGGGCCCCAGUGCAGCAGCAGACCCCUCUGUGGGGCCCCUGGGCAGCAGCAGCAGCAGCAGCAGCAGCAAUGGGGGCCACCCCAACGGUGGCGAGGCCCCUGUUGCAGGGGCCCCACACUGCAGCAGAGAAGCAGGUGUUUGCUCUCAGAAGCAGGCUUUAGCGCUGCUGCAUCCCUUCUACUCCCGCAUUGUUGCUAGUCUGCCUCAGCUGCAGCCAGGGCCCCAAGUAGUUGCUGUUGAUCUCCUAACAAGGUACUGCCGCUGCUUCUUCAGGCAGCCUCAGCCUGUGGAGGAAGAUGAAGUGCAUGAGGGGGCCCCCCAGGGGCCCCCUCAAACCCACACGGAUGCUUUAGAACAUAUCAACAACGCAAAUGCAAACACCAGCAGUGCUGCAGGGGCCCCCAGACUCUCUUCUCUCGCCUUCCUGGCCAGCCGAAGUGUAGGAAAAGGAGGAGGUCCCCAAGGGGGCCCCCAAGGGGGCCCCCAGGGGGGCCCCCAUGGGUUUAUGAAUGGAUCGUUAGCCAACGGGAGUGGGUGCCCGGGGGCCCCUCAGAAGAAGCUGUACAAACCUCUUCCUGAAGACUUUGAACGAUUUGAAGAGGCGUUAGAGAUGCUGCUGAGCAGCGAUAGUGCUGCAGUUGUUGUGUCUGCAUGCGCGGCUUUUCAGUGUUUGUUUCCUCCGAGUUGUUGGGGCUGCGUAGUAAUGCCUUUGUUGCGGUGUAUGUACACCUGCCCCAGCGACUUUAAAGAGCCUCUGCUGCGAGUAAUAUAUUCUUUUGUUUCUGUUAAUCCUCGUUUGUUCGAGAAGCACAUGAAGGAGUUUUAUUUAAAGCAGUCUGAUUCCUUCCCAGUGCGACAGCAGAAGUUAAGUUUGCUGCAGUGUAUAGGCACAGCAAACCCUUCAUGCCUUUCUGUGCUGCUGCCUGAGCUUCGGGUGUAUAUACACUGGGCUGGGGAUGAGGGCCUGUUAACUAAUACUUUUCGAGUGCUUACACUUCUGGCUUUGCAGCAUAAACAAGCACAGGUCUUCUGCAUGCGUUUGUUUGUUUCUUUGCUUGAUUCUGCUUCUGCUGCUGUUGCUGCAGAGGCAGUGGUCGGCAUACGUACUUUAAUACAGCAGAAGCAAAAUGAAGAAGACAGCGAAACCCUGGCGCGUUUAGUGUUGCAUCUUGCUGCUCAGCUCUCUCGUUUAUUUUCACCUGCUGCAAGGGCCUCUUUAAUAUGGGUAAUCGGUAAAUAUCAUUAUGAAGUCUCUUGGGUUGCUGCAGACGCACUACGUCAACUGUCUAGGGGUUUCAGAGGAGAAGCAGAAGAGGUUAAGCUGCAGAUACUCCUAUUAGGCAUUCGUCUUUGGGCAUUCCACAGAAACAAUAGGCUAACGGGGCCCCAGGGGGGGGCCCCUAAUGAGGGGGCCCCUAAUGAGGGGGCCCCCAUAAAGGCUUCUCUUGAGGGGGCCCCCUUGGGGGCCCCUUCAAGUGCAGCAACAACAGCCAAUGUUAAGGUUGCACAGCAGGGAGAGAUGCAGCGGUUAAUCCCUCCUCCUUCGCGGGAGCAGAGUGAAGAGCAUUUCGCACGUUUAGAUUUGCUGCUGCAGUAUCUGCUGCAGCUAGCAAUGUAUGACAGCAGCUACGAAGUGAGAGAUAUGGGGCGUCUAUACGGGGCUUUGAUAGAUAAAGUCAAUACACCUGAAGAAGAAAUACAAGAAACAGAUAAAGAUAUCUACAGAUUCGCAGAACAGUACUUGCAUGCGCUCUCCUCCCCUACAACCUCCAUUGCUGCUGCAGCUGCUGCUGCUUCUGCUUCUGCAGGCAGCACCAGCAGCAGCAGCAGUAGUAGCACGAGCAGCAGCAGCCCCCCACGCCAGCCUAGUGAUAUCGCUUGCGGGGGCGGGGAUCGUUAUGGGGAUCGGGAUCGUGCGAUCCCGUCUCCCGAGGGUACCAGUAGUGUGUGGCCUUGCAGCUCUCUUUCUUUCCUUGUGGGGCCCCUUCGUCUCCCUGGCUCUAUAUCACUGCCUGCGUUUGCAUCUGUUGACUCUGACAACUCUUUUAGGCAGUGCGUAGCAGAAGAAGAGCCUUUAAAAGAUUCUUUCUUAUCAAGAGGAAUGAGAGUAGUAAGAGGGGGGGGCCCCCAUGGGGGCCCCCAAGGGGGUACUUCAACACUCAGCCCCACAGCAGCCAGGGGCCCCCGUGCUAUCUGUUCUGCUGAUGUUAUAAGACAAGAUAAUGCAGCAACUCUAAUGGGGAGGAUUGAUGGAGGGAAGAGGCCUCUAAGUCAAGGAGAUUUAGAUUUGUUUUAUGAAGGAGAUCCUCUUGCAGAUUUAGAGUGUCUGAACAGCAGCAGCAGCAGCAGCAGCAGCAGCAACGCGGUUUCCGGAGCCAAUAGCACGGAGUGUACAGGCACCCGAUCUAGCGGUGUGGGGCCCGCAGAAGGCAGCAGCAGCAGCAGCAACCUCAGCGAGAAAAAUGCAGAUAACAGCGCUUGGGGGGCCUUUGAUGAGGGGACAGCAGACACAUUUUCUCACGAUCCACCUGUCUGUACACCUGGGGCGAACACUCCAAUAGGGGAGAUUGUUGUAGGAGAAGACGAAGAAAGUGAUGAAGAGCAGCAGCAGCAGCAGCAACAGCAGCAACAGCACCAGCAGCAACAGCACCAGCAGCAGCAGCAGCAGGCGUGGGGUGUUAUCUCGCCUCCUGUCUCCUAG